GUUAGAAAAGACCGCGCUCUGAUUUGAUUGGCUAAAUCGGCUCUUGCUUUUACUUAUGCUGCCUUUAAUGGCCGUCGGACGUCUGAAUGUAUUCAUUCGGUAAAUUUAAUCUGCAAGACUAAAUAAAAAACUAACUCGUCAAAACCUAGAUUUCCUGUGAACAUACGCGAAGAAAUAAUAAUCAAAAAACAGUUGUGGAAAGCAUAAUAUUAUUGUUUAUUAUUGAUACUCAUUAUUAUUUGGUCAAAUAUUUCCAAUUUUGUUUACAAAGUUAUAAAAUUGAUUGAUUUCGUAAAUGUGUAAAUUCGAUUUACAUCUAUAUGUAUAAUAAUAUUGCCAUAAAACAAAUGUACUUAUGGCCACUCCAAUGCGAAAGAAGACGUUGUAGCUGUAUAUUUUCAAUAUGAAAUGGAGAUUGUGAUGAGCACGUGAAGGCAGCACCGGCAUCGACCAUUGCGCUUCAUUGAGCGUCCCUUUCAUUGAGCAUCCCCACACGACACGGCGCACGGACGACGGCGCAUUCACUGGCGAGAGGGAGUGAAGAGCAGCAGACAUGACGAUUAGAAACACUCUGCUGGACCACGGACAGAGAUUCCGCCCGCGCAUGGCUUGUCUCAAAAAGGCGGAGAAGGUGUUGCUGGAGAUGCAGGACCCCAAAACGGGAGUGAAGUCCCAGAUUCAGAGGCUGGUGAUCACGACGAUCCCACACGCUCUCACCGGUGAAGAUAUAAUUGCAUGGUUGGCAGAAAGAUUCCACGUGGACGCACAAGAAGCCAGACAUUUGGGCUCCACCCUGGUGGCGCUCGGCUACAUCUACCCGCUGCAGCACCACAAACGGCUGAUCGUCAAAGCCGACGCGUCGCUCUAUCGCUUCCAGACGCCGUACUUCUGGCCCACGCAGCAGUGGCCCGUGGAGGACACCGACUACGCCAUCUACCUCGCCAAGAGGAACAUACGCAAGAAAGGCAUGCUGGAGCUGCACGAGCAGGAGCAGUACAGCCAUCUUCACAAGUGGAUGAACCACAAGUGGGACUUCAUAGUGAUGCAGGCCAAGGAGCAGUACAGGGCUGCAAAGGAGAGGAAGAAACCGGACCGCGUGGUGUUUGACUGCCAGGAGAGGGCGUACUGGGUGGUUCACAGGCCCCCGCCAGGGACGGUGAGCGCCAUGGACUACGGACUGAACCGACGGGUGGACCCCGGCGCCGACGAGGUGACAACUCCCGACUUCUUUGAGAGAAUUAUGAUCUUCACGCAGCAGUCGAUCAUGAGGCCCAGAGUCAAGUCGUCCGUGUCCAUCGGCGCACUGGUCAAACACUGCGCCAUCUACCACGGACACGACCCCUUCCUUUCCAAGUGUCUUCCCAGCAACCCCUGGCUCACCGACGACGUGACGUCGUGGAACCUGAACAUGCCCAAUGUGGAGACGCCCACUAAAAUGCGCGUGGAGAGGUGGACGUUCAGCUUCGGGGAGCUGCUGUCGGACCCUCGAGGGAGAGACGAUUUCAGGCUCUUCCUGAGGAAAGAAUUCAGCGGCGAGAACCUGGCUUUCUGGGAGGCCUGCGAGGACCUGAAGUGGGGAGCGGCUGCAACCAUGAGGGAGAAAGCGGAGCAGAUCUACAAGACGUUCCUGGCGAGAGGCGCCCCACGCUGGAUCAACAUCGAUGGGAAGACCAUGGAAAUCACCGUGAACGGCCUGAAACACCCGCACAGAUACGUCCUGGACGCGGCGCAGACGCACAUCUACAUGCUGAUGAAGAAGGACUCCUACGGACGCUACCUGAAGUCCCCGGUGUUCAAGGAGACGCUGAGGAAGGCGGCGUGUCCUGAGGAGCACAAGUUCACUGACGCCCAGUUGGAGCACAACGCCAGGAACAGACGGCCCAGUCUCAGCCCCAUCAUCCUCCGGCAGCAGGAGCAGGAGCAGAGGGCCCGGACGGCAGCGAGCGCCCCCGUGGACAUAACGCAGGUCAUGAGCCGACUCAGCAGGCGGAGCAAGGACGCGGAGCCCCGUCCUGCUGCUCAGGGAGUCAGGGGAACAUGAGACCUCCUCGUCUGCUGCUUCCACACAGCUCUAUUAGUACAAGUCUAUUUAUUGUAGUUCACCUCAGUUUGGUGACGAAUCGAUCUAGAACAGAAACGCUGAAUCAUUUUGUCACGUGUUUAACAUGUUGGAAAAAUGUAAAAUCCAGUUCUUUCUUGCAUUGUGACAUCGUGUGUGUCCAUCGUCAUCUGUUCUGUUCCCAUGAGCCAAUAAAACCAUCGUGUUUGAGUCCA